AAGAAUUUUACAAAAAUGUCGCCUCAAAAUCCUUGCGGUUGUUGUUUGUUUAAAUGUUGUUCUUGUGUUAAUUUUAAUAUAUUGAAAACGAAAGAAGGAAUUAUUAAAUUAUUUGAAAUUAUAUUAGGAUUAAUUUGUCAAAAUCUUUUAAUUCAUUAUAGUUUAACUUAUUCGAUGACUUUGGGUUCAUCUUAUUAUAGUUUUCUAACAACAAUAUCAGCCGGUAUACUAACAUCGACCGUAUUACUUUUAUGUUACCUUUUAUCAAAUAAAUCCUAUCAAUUAUUACGUCAAUCAUUAUUCGAAACUUUAUUCAACGGAAUCGUAUCAUUCAUGUAUUUAUCUUCGUCGAGUUAUUUUGCAUUUGCUUUAUACACUUUCCUUUAUCCCCUAUAUAAAAUCACGUCAGUUUUUCAAGCUUUUCCAACCAUGAGUUCGAUAUACAUUAUCGGAUUUAUCGUCGGAAUCGUUCACGGAUACGACAGUUGGCUCGUUUAUAAAAAAAUACAAUAA